AUGACUCCAUGGACUCGUUUUCCCAAUGACACUCUCGGCACAGUUCUCUUCUCUCGUGCUGCUGAAGGUCGUUUCCAAAUUACACUCAACAAGGGAGAUCGUGUUCGGUGCCAUGCCAAAAAAGAUGGUUGGUAUUUAGUGGAAUUGGAGUAUUCAACUCCAAGUAAUGGUGGUGUUGAUGUGAUGAGAUGUGAUCAUCAUCAUGACAGUCAUUCUUCUUCUUCUUCUGGUGGAAAUCUCUCCUCCUCUGUGAAAAACUCUUCAACCACCUCCACAACAACAUCAACAAAUAGUGUCAAGGACUCAUCGUCGUCUUCUUCUUCGAAUGAAAUCAACAACUCUCCGAGAAGCAUUGUGAAAAUUAGAGCUUCAAAGUUUGGAGGAAGCAACGGAUCGAUCGAGUCUUCAUCUUCAUCAUCAUCAUCGCCAAAAGUAUCACCUCGAGGAACCAACACAACCACCAAUACCACAACCACCAACACCACAUCCUCUAAUACUACUACUACUUCCGUGGUGGCUAAUUCAAGUGGCGCAAAUUCAAUACCAACAACAACUUCAAAUGUCUCUGCUUCUUCGUUUAUAAAGAAUAGUGUCAAUGCUUUACAACAACCAUAUGGAAAUUCAAAUUCAGCACAUGGUGCUCAUCACCAACCUAUUCAUGUUGGACUUUAUCCUGGUUCUUUUAUCAAAUUAGAUUCCGAGACUUCAACAGUCACUUCAAAUGUGAAAAGUAGAAAAUUACCAACUUUUCAACAAGCAGUUGAAUUUUCUGAGAGUCCUCUCGCUCGUGAAAUUUUACAAGUCAUUCGAGAAUGGUCCAGUGAAUUGAUUAAACUCCGUAAUGAAAAUCUGAUGGAAGAAUAUCAUGCUGUCAAGCGUCAAAUGGCUAUUCUUGUUGGAUUGAGAAAGAAAAUCACAGAUUAUAACUUUCAAAAAGAUGCCGAUGAACAACAGAAAGAAGAAAUUAAUCAAAGAGUCAUCAAAGUGAUUGAAGAAGGAUCAAGAAAGUUAAAUUUGGACUUGAUUGUUCGUGUGAAUGAUGGACAUCAAAAAGGUCAACGUGCCAAUGAAUCCAAUACUGCUGUGAUCGAUCUUUUCAAUCAAUAUUCUGAAGUACAAGAAAAGGAGGAUCUCUCCAAGAGAAAUCGUAAAAUUCGUGAGGAAAUGAAGCAACUUCGAUCUCAACACCAUUCAUCAAAUCCAUCCAACAAGAAUGUCUUACAACAAGAAGAACAAUUUAAAAAGAAGGAAAAUGAACUCAUUCUAAAGAUUGAUGAAAAUUUUCCUGUCACAGAUCUUCUUCAACGUGUGAGAAUGAGACAUGAAUUACCAAGAGGAAAUGUUCAGUUGUUACUCAAUGUCGAGGCUUGUAUGUUCACAUUUGGAGAAGAAGCUGAAUUAUUCUUUUCUGUUUACAAUUACACUGAAAAGAGAUACAUCACUGAGGAUUAUGCAUUUACUGUGACAUCUUUGGGAAUGCCUCGUGACAUUCGUUUAAUCACCAAUUGCAAAGCUCUUUUCACAGACAUUCCCGAGUCUCAAUACCUUCAAGAAUUGUAUCUUGUUGUGAAAAUUUAUCGUAAAGGUAAAAUGCUUCUCGACUUGAAAGCAAACACUAAGAAACAAUUACCAACAGCAACCAUGCAAAAUUUCCUUCAACAAGGAGUGAAUCCCAACAUGGAUGAUGUCGAAGAAGAGACAAGUUAUAGACGUCCUUUCUGUGGAACUCUAAUGCCAAUCACUCCAGAAGUCAUUUCUGAACACUUAAUGAACGAAAAAGAGUUUCAACCUGGUACUCUUAUUUUGUACACCACACCUAAGGAAGAAUUAUUUGCCAAGUUGCCUGACAUUAUUAUUGAUGGAGGUGGUCCUUUGGAAAGAAUUCCACAAGAUAAGGCCAUUGGUGUUGGUAUUUCACUAAAAUUAUUUAACAAAACACUUUCCAAAGUGUUGGAAGAAAACAAGGAAACACUCUGUCCAACCACACAAGCGGCUCUCACCAAAUGUUUUGAUUUAACCAUUCCUUUCCAUCCUAAAGAAGAGAGAAAUGAUUUAUAUAUCACCAUGAUGAGAGGUAAAUUCACAGAAACACGUAACAUCAAGUUAUUAGCAAAGAUUUAUUCGAACUCUGUGAAACAAAGUUUACCAUGUAUUGACAGAUAUACUUGUCUCUAUAAGACACCAUUCACACAUUAUCAUAGUUCAAUUUUAUAUCACGUUCCAAAUCCUACAUGGAAUGAAACGAUGAAAAUUAGUUUGACUCCAGAUCAAAUUCUCAAUUCUGUGUUGGUGAUUAUUCUUUCAAACUGCACUGCCAAGAAGAAACAAUUGACAGAAAAAUUUGGUGUUGCAUUCAUGAAUAUUAAGGAUGAUAUUGGAAUUGUCACAAAGGGUGAAAAUGACACUGGUGUGGUUCAUCUUCCAGUUUACAAAUAUGUAAAAGAUAUGGAAAAGACAAUUAUGGAUUAUGUUGGUUCUCCUUCUAAAUUGACUCCAACGAAAGACUACAUUGCGGUGAGAGUCAAAUUAUCCUCAACAAUCAUGUCUCAAGAUCCAACGUUGGACACAUUCAUUCGUUGGGAAACUAAACAAUAUCCAGCUCGAUUAAUUCUUGAUAACUUUGACAAAUUACCAUUGUCAACUGUUGCUCCAUAUUGCAAAGUUGUUUGUAACACAUUAUUUGACAUUUUAUCAAGAAAGAAAGAUGAUGAAACAUCAAGAGCUGUAUUUAACACAGUGCUCUCUCUAGCAAACAAGUUGAGAUUACCAGAGAAUCAAAUAUAUUUAGACAUGUUCAAGGAUUACAUUAACGAUUGCUUUGAACAUUCAGAUCCAGCCAUUCACAAAUGCUUUUUGGAAUGCUUGAGCACCAAUUUAGACAGUUUGGAUGAAAUCAAAGAGGCUGAACAAGACACAGGAGUACAAGAAAAAUCGACUGUCACUCUACUCAAAGAAACUCUGAUUGGAUUCCCACUUGUUUUGCUCUUUAUUACUAAAAAUAGAAGAAAUUAUGAGAAUGAAAAAUUGAAGGGUGGCAUGUCCAAUGAUGAAUAUUUCAAAAAUGUGAAAGAAGUGUUCGAAAAGAUCAGUAAGGCCAUUUCUGUCACGAGCUCCCAAAAACUUUUCGAUGCUCAAGAUACUGUUCUCAAAAUGUUGUCUCCAUUCUUUUUCCGUGUCACUGAAGAAUUUCCAUCCUCUAAAAAGAAGGAGAUUGCAGCGCUCAUUAAGGACUUUAUUGAAACCAUUCCAAAUACUGGUCGUUUGGCAACGGUUGAAGGUAAAUUAGGACUUGUCAGACAAUGCUGUUCUUCAGAGUUAAUGAAAUCUCGUGAAACAAGAGCGACUAUUCUUCCAAUGAUUCUCAAUCAAGUAGAAAAGCAAAGCGUGGUUUCUAAUUCUUUGAGUCGACGUGUUUGCUCUGGAAUUUUAGCAGAUGCAUUAGCAACGAUUCAAAGAGCACUCAUUCAAAGAGUAGAAGGUUAUGGUGAUGUGAAAAAAGAUAUCUAUUUAUUCCUUUCAAAAUUACCAACAAUUCGAAUCAUCUUUAAUGAACUCACAAGAGAGAGUCGGGAAGCAGAACAACGAAUUUCAAGAUUUGGAAAACGUGAUGAUUUGGAAUCAUUCCAAGAACAACGAGAGUAUGAAAGAAUUCAACAAACGCGUGCCCAACUCUUCUCUGUUGUUCUCUGUAUUUUAUAUCUCACCGAUUUUGACAUGAUUAAUGAAUAUUUCCAAAGAGAUUUCUCAGAAGAUGAAAAACUCCUUAUUCAACAAUUUAAAGGUGAAGAAAUUCAUGAAUUAACACAAGACAAGACUCAAGGAGGACUCUUGAAAAAACGUGUUCUACCAACCAAAGAUGAACCAUCUUCCAAAGUUCGCGUCAAACGUGUGCUUGACAUUUUCGAAUUAAUUGAAUCCAUGAUUGAUGAUCCUCCCAUUCCAGAAUAUUGGAUUGCAUUCAACGUAUUUUCAUUUCACACCUCGAUGAGAACCAUUCAAAUCUUUUCAGAAUACUUACAGAAACAUCAUGUGAAAAGUUUUGAUCCAAAAUUGUGGAAUCGACUCUUUGAUUUGUAUUAUCGAUUUGCAUUGUGUCCUCGAUUGCAGAUUGAAAAAUUCUCUCUCUCCAAACAAACCAAAUUUAAUUUACAUGGUGAUUUGAGAGUGGAUUGUGUGAUCUUGUUUAGAAAAAUUUUCGAAAGUUUGACACAAGAACAUCAAUACUACUUUGUUCCAGAUUUAAUUGAUCGAGUAUUGAGAUUGGCAGCAUCCAUUCCAAAACAAGAAAUUUACGUUCAAACUCUUAAUAUUUAUUACAACAUUUUGAAACUAGAAUUCCAAUCAGAAACGAGUUUAAAACACACUCAAGGUCUCACUGCUGUCGUUUUUGACGAAUUUAUUGUCAAUGACAAACUCGUCGAUGACAAAUUCAAAGAAUUCUUUGUCGAAGUACUUGAUGAACGUUUUGAAAAGGAUGAAUUACUCAAAACAGAAGGUAAACAAUUCAUGAAUCAAACCAAACGAUUUAUGGAACUUGUUGCUUCUGUGAAACGAUUUACCGAUGAUCAAGAAGAUCAAAAAACAAGUGCUCUUCUCCGUGUCAUGCAAUACGUUGCAUCCACUCAACAAGAAGAAAUUUAUUUCAAAUACAUUCACAUGCUUGCCAAAAUUCAUGAAAAUAAUUCGAAUUUUGUCGAAGCAGGAAUGGCUCUAUUGAAACACGCUGAAAAAUUAUCAUUCCUUGUGAAUCAGAAUUCUACAUUGUCACCUUCUGCAUCACAACUUCAAAACAAACUCUUACCAGCUCUCUCUGCAGAAUAUCCAGAAGAAUUUGAAUUUAGAAGAAAGGAAAAACUCUAUUUACAAGCCAUGAAAUAUUUUGAUGCAGGAAAAGAUUGGGAACGUGCCAUUAAACUCUCUCGUGAGCUCUCUCCUAUUUAUGAGACCAAAACUUUUGAAUAUAAGAAAUUGGCAGAUCUCUUGCGUUCACAAGGAGAAUGGUUUCAGAAAAUUUUCGAACAAAAACGAUUCUUUGCUUCCUAUUUCUUUGUGGGAUAUUAUGGAAAAGGUUUUCAACCUUAUGGAUUACAAAAUAAGGAAUAUAUUUAUAGAGGAAAUGAAGCAGAGAGAUUGGUGGAUUUCACAGAUCGAAUUACGAAACGUUUUCCUAAUGCUGAAUUGAUUAAGGCACUCGAAGAUGCACCAGAAGAGAAGAAACAAGCAGAAGGACAAUAUAUUCGAAUUAUUACAGUAUAUCCUUCGUCCUAUAAGGAAGUUGAAACGAAAUGCACAAGUGUGGCACGUGAAAUGAAUGUUUCAAAGAAUAUCACAUCAUAUGAAUCGUUCAAUGACGUUCGAAUUUUCAAAUUAGGAAAAACCUAUAGAGGUCAUCCUGAUGAUAAGAAGAUGAAUGAAAUUAGAGAUUUAUAUACAGAAUUUACAUUCUUUAUCAUUGAUAGUAAUAAGGAAAUUGUGAAUGAUCAAUUGAGAAGAAGUUUCAUCAAGCCAAUGCCACAACACCACGACGAUGUUCAUCAUGACAAGGAGUUGAAUGUGGAAAUUGUCAUGACAGGUGACUCAUUCCCAACAGUGGUGAGAAGAAAACCAAUCAUUUCUCGAAAACAAAUUGUUUUGAAUCCAAUUGAAAAUGCCAUCAAAAAUAUUGAAGAUAAGAAUUUAGAUUUGAAUGAACUUGUGUUGAAUCACAUGGUGGAUACUAAACCUGAUACCAAGCAAUUAUCCAUGUCUUUGAAUGGUACCAUUGACGCUGCUGUACAUGGUGGUAUUAACAAAUAUAUUAGUGCAUUCUUUGUAGAAGAUUGGAUUAAAGAAAAUCCAGAUCAGCUGCCAAAUGUCAAGAGAUUGCAGAAAGCACUUGGAGAUCAGUUGCAAGUUCUGGAGAGAGGUUUAGAGAUGUAUCGAAAGUUUGGAAGUGCUCAAACUAAGGCACAUGUGGAUCACUUAUGUGUCAUGCAUAACAACAUGAAGGAACAACUUGCAGAGAUUCUCAGUUUUGACUUUAAACAAUUUUUGAGCGCAGAACAAAGAAAGAGCGUUCAUUGA